AUGUUCCGCAAGGUUGGGUUCUCGGCUGCGCGAUUCGAGCUGGAGCAGAACGCGCUUGCGGCGCCGCAUUGGCUGGCUAACAGCGCGGCGCUGAUCUACGUGCUGAACGGGCAGGGGCGGUUCGAGAUGACCCACUCCGAUGGGCGCACCGCGGUGCGGCGCGACGUGAAGCAGGGCGAGCUGAUCGUCAUCCCGCCCGGCCUCCCGCACGCCACGCUCGCCUCGGGCAACGGCAUCGAGUACAUCGCGCUCAUCACCAAGUCGCGCCCGCAGGUGGGCUUCCUCGCGGGGGCCAACUCCGUCUACCGCUUCCUGCCGCGCGCCAUCCAGCAGGCGGCUUUUAACGCGGACGAGAAGCUGAUCGAGAAGUUGCGCAGCACCCGCCAGCACGAGUACGUCAUCCUGCCGCCCAAGGGCCACCAGCCCAAGCCCAGGGCGUUCUCUGCGGAGGAUGAGGACGUGGACGUUGAUUUCAGCAUCAUCGACACUCCCUAUGGGUUCUAA